GAAAUAAAUUUCAUCAUUCGAUUUAGAAUACAGAGUCACUUUGUUGAGAUCUGUCACGAUGAGAAGAAAGAGAGCCAAGAAUGGGCGCAGUACGUCGUUGAAGAUGACUCUAAAUCAAGUGCUGCGGGAAGAGUAUCGUGCACCAUUCAUCGAUCAGGUCACAUACUGGUGCCUUUCGGCCACAAUGAUUACGACUCUGGCGUCAUUACUGUUUUUGUUCAAAGCAAACAAAGCCUUUGACGAUGAAAAUGUUCGAUUUUUUAAAGGUGAAUCCGAUGAAUACACGAAUGAUCAAUUCAAUAAAUACGUGAAUGGUGUAAUUGGUGAAUGUUUCACCUCGGUAUUACAAGAAAAUUACCACAAAUUACCGCUUGCAUUUCGACGAACUGUGGAGCAAGCAUGUCCUGAUUUUCUUCGUCCAGAAAAUUGGCCAGCUCGCGAGGGCAUGGGGAACGCAUUCAAUCAUCUCAUCACUCAGUACAUAACAAACGUGAAAAAUAACAUCAAAGUAUGGGCAUUCAGUCGCAUCAAGAAAUUUUUCACACUAAAGCGCUACGAACUGAAUUUGAAUCGACAAGGAAAUCUCAUCACUGAAUUGGAUGUAAAACGUGCGACGAAGAUCGUAAUGUUCCAAAGUAGAGUCGAGAGAAACGCGAACAUCGAUCUUCUAUUAAACGAAGCAGCAGGCAUUGGAUUGCCAAUCAAUGUACACUUUCAGAAUCUCAUUCGUGAUCGCUGGUUCCAAACCAUUCCAAUAUUUAUAAACAUUCAGCGACAAAUUUUCGAUUUUCACGCGAAAUAUGAAAUGUUGAAACAACGCUGGUUCCAAUAUCGACGCGAUCCGAACAACAAUGUCAUGCCGACCACUCCACUCCCGCCAAAAAUAAAGAAUUUUUUAGUAGUUCCAAUCCACGAUUUCGAUAUGAAACAUAUCCGCAUCGAUAUCCAUCUUUUUUAUUUGAUUGCGCGCAAAUUUGGAGCAUUGAAAUUGGCAAAAGGAAAACGCGGUCAGCCAAUAAACAUUGAAAAAACUGAAUACGAUAGCAAUCCAGCUUUCUAUUGGAAUUUAAUAUUUGACAUGCCAAAAAUUUCGAAACUUGGAAAUGGUAAGGAAUUCGAUUUUGCUGUGGCAACCGAUAGUGUGGCAGUUUCGUUAUGUUUCGUGAAGCCUGAACGCAAUACACCAGAACUUGAUAACAACACCAUCAAAGAGAAGUACAAUAAUUUUGAGUUUGAUUAUGUGCUUGGAAUCGAUCCAGGAGUUCGUACAUGGAACGCCACAGUUCGCAAACACGUUCGAUCCGGCAACGAGGAAAACAUCACAAUUGAUGGUCCAAAAUACCAUUUCAAAGCGAAAUAUGGCAAACGCAAGCGUAAAUCCGAUCAAUGGACUGAAUUGUUGCAAAAACAACGGGAGCUCGACUAUAAACGCUAUGCAUUUUUUCCAUCGCCGAAAGGACGUUCACAUUGGAUGUGUUACAUCGCUUAUUAUGUGAAAAUGAUGAAACCAGCUAUGGCGGUGUACACAACAAGAAAGUUUAUUCGACUCCGUCUCGAUAAAUACAUCGAAGAGAAUCGGGCCAGUGACAAAAUCGCGGCAUCACUGACGAAAAAAAAGUCGGCGCUCGUUUUUAUUGGUGCAGCUCAAAUAGCUCCAAACUCACCAAUUGGUAUUAAAAAGCGAUUGCGAUGCCCGGGAUUACGACGACUAUUGAACAGUUUUAAGAAGUUGGGAAAUUGUAUUGUACGAUUGGUCGACGAAUACAAUACAUCGCAAACUUGUGCAAAAUGUUUCCGGCCAUUCGAUCGACGAACCAAAAGCGAUCGAUACAAAGUUUGUCAGCAUUGUAUUCCAAGUGAAGAUGAGUCAUCGCAAUGGAAUUUACCGAACGUCAUUAUCACCCAAGUCAGUAUAAUACACUUUUCGAAGAGUGUACACGCUCUUCUCACACUCUUCGUAUAGUUUUAUUCGACUCCCUUCUCACACUCUUCUCACACUUUUGCAUAAAACACGUAUAUUGAGUGAGAAGAGAGUGUGUAAUGGUAUUGGUAAUGCUAUCACUGCUGUCACUGCAUUCCAGUGGAAGUAAUGUUUGUAUUUUGAUAUUUGAACAUUUUUGACGUUUAUUGCAUUCGUCAGUUCUGUCAAAAUACAACAGAACGACAAUUGCUGUUGCAACAGCUAAUUCAUUUUUUUUGUAUACGUUCAUUUUUUUCAAAAUGUCAAAAGUAAACAAAAUCAAAAACUAUCCAUCAGUGAAAAAAUUUAUUUUAUGAGAAAAGUGUGAGAAGGGAGUCGAAUAAAACUAUACGAAGAGUGUGAGAAGAGUGUGUACACUCUUCGAAAAGUGUAUUAUACUGACUUGGGCACCAUGAAAAGCAACCGAGUGUACCAACAAUUGCGUAAAUAUGCAGUUGAUUUUGUUAAUCGAUUGAAUGCAGUCAACCCAGAUCAUAUUCCAAUGGAUUCAGAUGGUUUAGUGUCAAAACUUCAAGUAUGUUUCAAAAACUGGCAACUAAACACUGGCAUUUGGAAAGAUGAUCAAGCUCCAUUUCAAUUGAAAACUGUUUGGCACCGGGAUAUCGUUGCAGCCAAGAACAUCAUGUACAAAGGUCUUUGUACGGUGUUGGGAUUGGACAUUCAUCCCCAACUAUUGAGACCACAGAAUCAAAAUGCUGCCGUACAAAAUCAAGCAGCUGACGAUGAGGAUUCCAGUGACGAUGAGGACUACGUUUAUGUUCUCGAUGUUUCCGAUGACGACCAGUUUUAAUUACAUGUAGCAUUAAGAUUUCUUUUUAAAUAAUAUUAUUGUAACGUUUUGUUACUGUGCUGGGCUUGAGUUUUGUGGCCUUGACCGAAGUACGGGCAGUUCGGUAUAUAAAAUAACCCGUAGAUAUAUCAGUUACAAGAGUUCUGUACUGUGUAAAUCAAAAACACAGAGAACCCAAUUAAACUUACUUGUUUUCAUGUGUUCUAUCCGAUUCAAGCAAUUGCAUUUUAUAAUACGAAUUUUUAAAUCCAUCAACUUUGGUUAACGUAAUGGAAUAUGUUAGUUCUCCUGCACAAUGUACAUGUGCAAAAUUUAUCAAUCCGGACUCUUCAUCAACAUUUUUUAGAUCUUGAAUAAAGCAAAACAAUAAAUUUAAAACUCUAUCAUACUGUA